GGGCAGAGACUGCCGGUCCGACAAGCGGCUCUCGCAGGUCUGCGCCUCCCUGAGCUCCGACCGGAGUUUGCCCGACUCCGGACUGAGCGGGCCUCGGUAGCAGCCAGAUUGGAGGGGCCGGCGGCGGCAUACGAUUAGCCGACGGUCCACAGUCCCUGGAGUAGCCCCUGCCCCGAGGCGUUGGCUGCCGCGGCCACCGACCGGGAGCCGCGACAGGUGCCGCGUGUAGGGUGCUCUCGGGUCGGCCCUGCGACCGCGGGCGACUCCCGCGCUGUCCCACCGUCCCCGAGCCCGGCCCGCCGCUUGCCGUCAGGGUCCCGGCCCAGUGCCGACGGCGCAGCGGAUGCGUGCGGGGUGAGAGCCCCCAGUCGCCCCGCCAUGGCCGCGCGCCCCGGGCCGCUCUGGCUCCUGGGCCUGGCGCUGUGCGCGCUGAGCGGCGGCGGCCCCGGCGUGCGCCCCGCUCCCGGCUGUCCGCAGCGCCGUCUGGGCCCGCGCGAGCGCCGCGACCUGCAGCGCGAGAUCCUGGCGGUGCUCGGGCUGCCGGGGCGGCCACGGCCCCGCGCGCCGCCCGCCGCCGCCCGGCUGCCCGCGUCCGCGCCGCUCUUCAUGCUGGACCUCUACCACGCCAUGGCCGGCGACGACGACGAGGACGGCGGCCCCCGCGAGCGGCGCCUGGGCCGCACCGACCUGGUCAUGAGCUUCGUCAACAUGGUGGAGCUCGACCGCACCCUGGGCCACCAGGAGCCCCACUGGAAGGAGUUCCGCUUUGACCUGACCCAGAUCCCGGCAGGGGAGGCGGUCACAGCCGCUGAGUUCCGGAUUUACAAGCUGCCCAGCACCCACCCGCUCAACAGGACCUUCCACGUCAGCAUGUUCGAGGUGGUCAGGGAGCGGGCCAACAGGGAGUCUGACUUGUUCUUUUUGGAUCUUCAGACGCUCCAAGCUGGGGACGAGGGCUGGCUGGUGUUGGACGUGACAGUAGCCAGUGACCACUGGUUGCUGAACCGUAACAAGGACCUGGGACUCCGCCUCUAUGUGGAAACGGAGGAUGGUCACAGCGUGGAUCCUGGCCUGGCCGGUCUGCUGGGGCAACGGGCACCGCGCUCCAAACAGCCUUUCAUGGUCACUUUUUUCAGGGCGAGCCCCAGCCCUGUCCGAGCCCCUCGGGCCGUGAGGCCCCUGAGGAAGAGGCUGCCGAAAAAAACCAACGAGCUGCCGCAGCCGAACAAGCUCCCAGGCAUCUUUGAUAACAUCCACGGCUCCCACGGCCGGCAGGUUUGCCGUCGGCACGAGCUCUAUGUCAGCUUCCAGGACCUCGGCUGGCUGGACUGGGUCAUCGCCCCCCAAGGCUACUCAGCCUAUUACUGUGAGGGAGAGUGCUCCUUCCCACUGGACUCCUGCAUGAACGCCACCAACCACGCCAUCCUGCAGUCCCUGGUGCACUUGAUGAAGCCAGACGCAGUCCCCAAGGCGUGCUGUGCGCCCACCAAGCUGAGCGCCACCUCCGUGCUGUACUAUGACAGCAGCAACAACGUCAUCCUGCGCAAACACCGCAACAUGGUGGUCAAGGCCUGUGGCUGCCACUGAGGCCAGGCCCUGCCCUCGGGAGCCUGCAGCCUCCACCUGGCUCAGGCCCCUCUCCGGGGGCAGGAGACCUUCAAACCCAGCGAGACCUCAGGCAGGAUUGGCAUGGAGGGUGCCCAGAGAUAACAUGUCCCUACCCUCCCUCCUUUUUGCCAGGGCUGGAGCUUUCCCAGGUUCCUCUGCCUCCCUUCCCCGCCUGAGGUUGUGAUAGACUCCAGCCUCCAGUCAGGUGGUCUGAGUCAACAAGCAGGAUUCUGCCCCAGCCCUCUCCCCCAGAGGCACGUGCUGACUGGCUCUUUGGGGUUGGCACAGAAGUCCCAGUUGAGGACCUGCCCAUGCUCAUUGCGGGUCCAGGCUGUGGGCAGAUAUGGGUGACCUGAGAGGCACCUGGAGCACAAGAUGGCCACCUCAGGCCCUCUUCAUUACAGGGCUUGGGGAGGUGUAGACAGGGUCUGGACCACCUGCAGUUGCCUGCCUUUCCCAGGUGCAAAACUAGGCAUUUCUGGAAACUUCUGUUAAAGAGUGUGGACUUACACUCUCUGUUCUAUAUUCAUGAGUUUGAAAUACUAAACUGCUGGCCACAGGGAGGCAUAUGGGGCAACUCAGAAAGAGCGGAAUGAAUAACGUGGUUUAGGGCUUAGGCCAAUGGCAUUUAUCUUUCCCAUCUGCCUGCUUUGAUCUCCCUCUGUAUGGGGAAGACAUCGACAUUUGUGUGCAGGGCAUCGACAUUUUGCCUUUGGAGAAACAAAAAAUUGUGGGGGCCAACCCUUCUAUGUGUCACUAUGUCGAACUAUUGGGAGUUCAUCUCUGUGGGAAAGUUAUCUUUUUGCCUAGCCAAGGGUGGCGGAUCCAUUGAGUGGCCUGGGAUGACAGUGCUCAGCGCAGACGGUGUAAUUUCCCUUUCACUUCUGCAUGGCAGACAUCAACAAUCAACCUUGAUAUUUUUUCUGCCAAAUCUGGAUAGAAUUUCAAAAUGAUCAGCACAAAACUCCUGGUAGCCACUUCCAACAGUUGGCACGUGAAGUGAAAACUGUUUGCCAUCUCCUGCUGAGGGGCAAUCCAUUCCACCCAGAGCAAUACAUCUGCGACACUGGGCAGUCUGUGGCCAGGUGUGGGGCCAGAGCAGGGGCUUUUCAGUACCUGUGGUGCCCAUAAGUUGUCCAAAACUGGCUGGUCCCCAAGUCUGUGUCACCCUGUGUGCCCAGGAGCCCCAUCCUGUUUCUUGGGGCCUCUGAGCCAAAGAAAAGGCCCCUGUCCCAGGGGAGUGACAGGUGGUAAUUAGGCUGAGCUGGGUGGGGAAGUUCCCGGAAACCACUGUUCUCCUUGGAGCAGCAGAAGCUGUUGGAGUGUUUAUUUGAUUUUUGACUUGCUAAGCCUAUAAUUUACCUGCUGGAGCAGACAGAGUCCAGCUGCCUGAACCCUGAAAUACUGUGUCAUUAAUAGCAGGUCCUGGGCCUGCCCCAACCCACAGGCACAGCCCAGAGGCAGAAUGACACAGGUGCCCAAGGACACGCAUCCCUGGAAUUCACCCUGCACCCAGGUUCCCGGAGAGCAGGUCUGGAGCAGGGGUGGAGGCUGGGUCCACGCUGCGGGUCAGCAGUCCCCCACCUGGACCUGGGAGGGACUCUGAAAACGACUACAGAGGAAGAGACUCCCCCAUGUACACAGGGGGCUGGUCCAGACUGUCCUGGAGGAUGUAGUAAGUUCCCCAUCAGUGUAGGGAUCUGAGGUCUGGCCUAGAUGUUAAGAGACCGACUGAUAGGUGGCUUCCUUCUCUGGGCCUCAUUUCCCAUCUUUAAUAUGAAGGCAAGGGACUUUCUGACCUCCAAAAGACCUUCAGCCAGGGAAUGAGUGUCUGCCGACCGUUUUUAACACUGAGCCCAGCUACAGCCUCAGGCCUGAACAGACCUCAGGUGGUCAUCAAGAUGAGUCAUGCUUCAGGUGUCCGUCACGAAUUGGCACCUCACAUGGAGUCUGUUUGCCAUUCUAGUACUUGUCUAACAGCUCUUUCUUCCCAACAUCAAGGAGUGUCUUUUAGGGAACUGUAAAUUUAAAAUUAGCCAGUCAUUUUGACAACUGAGUAUUUUAUUUCCCCGAGUAUCUUGAGUGCCCAGUCAAUGGCCUGGUGUAGGGAGGGGUGCAGCAGGAAUGUCUGUCAAAUUACCCAAAGGCUUGUAGAUACUGAGUACACCUUCCCUAUCAAUCUACACACAGUAGGAAUGGAAUUGCAAUCCUCCUUUUUCAUGAAGAACAGCUGAAAAACUGUCACUGCUUACCUACCCGGCCAUCCGCAACUUCUGAGAUCUAGUCACUAAAUCAAAUCACCUAGAAGCCCUGAGCAGUGAAACUAGUGUGGACACAAAGCCCAUGCAUUUUAUUUCAUGAGUUAUCUAUUUGCUGAGCCAAGCAUGGCAGCUGCAGUGGGUGGCCCAGGCUGGCAGACAUGCAGCACAGAUGCCACCAUUUCCCUUUAUUUUGCCGAGGACAUGGCCCCUUUAUCUGGUCACACCAGACCAGAAGGAUAAAUAGGGGUGGUCAGACCCACUGACAGCACUGGGAAAUCAGUGACAGUUGACGAGGAGGACACAUGGAAAAACAAGCUAAGGACAAAAUGCAUAGUAGUGGUCUUGGUAUCUGCACUUGAAUUCUGGCCUUGAGCCCAAGUUGUCAGAAUGGUAGUGUUCAUUUUUAUUACCUAACGUAGGGAAAUAACAUGUUCUCUUAUCUCUAAUAAAUAUCUAAUAAAUAGGAAAAAAUCUCUAAUAAAUAAAUAGGAAAGAGGCAGUGGUGCAAGGGUACAGAUUUUUGGAGCGUCCACAGCAGAGCAGGAUAUUGGUUCUUUCCUUCCAAGCUAUUAUAAAGAUCAGAUACCGUAUUUCCCCGAAAAUAAGCCCAGGUAAGAUCGUCAGCCAGAUGGACGCAUUUAGUACGUUAUGACGAUGUUCCAGAAGAUGACAUGACUGUAUUUGAAUAAAUGCAGAUUGUUGUACAUGAAAAAAAUAAGACAUCGCCUGAAAAUACGCCUAAUGUGACUUUUGGAGCAAAAAUCAAUAGAAGACCCACUCUUAUUUUCGGGGAAACAUGGUAUGUACAUAACCAUUUAGGACAAUGUCUGGCUUCUAAAUGCUUAACUGGUACCUGCUCGUAUUGUUACAAAUGAAUUUCCUAAUUUUGAGCCCCUUCCAUGCUUGUCCACUAAAACUCCUCCCAGAAUGUGUUCUGUGGAUGAUGGUGUAUUUAUUUCAGAGCUGUGCUUUUCUGUAAAGUAUCUACACACUGCUAUCCUUUGAGGGCAGAACUUGAAUGCUCAAGUGAUUGAAAGGCCUGAGGCAAGUGCCCAGUUUUGCCCACAGUGGUCAGGGCUCUGAAAUUUUGCUGUGUUCCCAGAAACACGGGGUCCCACUGUCCUGCUGAGGGCAUUCAGCACCCACCAAGUACCGCUUUCAGCAAUUUAAACAAGGGGUUGUCCAUCCCAGGUUUUCCUACAUAAGGAAAAGACUAUGUGCAAGCACUUGACCCACUUCUUUUAAAAGUGUUUUUCAUUUACUACAAAAAUAAUGCAAGUUUGGAGGAAAAGUUUAAAAUAUAUAUAUAUAUAUAUAUAUAUAUAUAUAUACACACACACAUAUAUGAAAUACAAUUCAAAUGACCAUAGUCGUACAACUCAGAUAAACACACUAUUGGUAUUUGUGAAUUUAUUUCACUUUUUUCAUAGGAUAUACAUAUAUAGAUGUUUACAUAUUAUAGCUAUUUUGACAAAAUUGGUAUCAUACUGUACUAUAUAAGUGCUUGAGAUAUGCUUUUCCCACUUUAUUAUAUGGUGAAAAUUUCCCUGUUAAUAAAUAUUUUUUAAAAACAUGGCCUUGAGUUUUCUAUCACCUAAACUCUACAAGAUUCAGUUUUCACCAUUAAAAAGUGGGUCCCACAAUCCCUUCCUCGGAGGGUUGUGGGGAGGCUGCCAUGACUGUGACGAAUGUAUUGUGCCAGCAGCGUCUGGAGGCAGAUGUGCUGUUAGAAGAAACUCCAGGACGGAUCCUGGGGCCACAACCCCAGGUCUCUUCCUUCGUGCAGACAUCAGAGGAGCAGCGCAUGGACGGGGCUCCACCCUGAAGGAAGUACUGAGGGAAUGCAUCGGCAAAACCGAGCCCCAUGUCCUCAGUCCUGGUGCUGGAACAGCAGGAACGUGGACAGGGAGGCCGCCUUCGACAGGAGCCAAACAGUCCCAGGAAAGCAGCUUUGCCCUUCAGGCUGCAGCAAAGGCCCCACAGCACCCCAGGGGUCCACUUCCCACAGAGCCCUCCUGAGCAAGGGGGAGAGGAGUCAGUGUUGUGCUGAGUAGCUGAACUAGGUGGCUAGGUUAUUGCUCCCAAAGCUCUAGUAUCUUUCUCCUACCUGAAAGAGUCAGGCUGUGUCCUCAAGUCGCACCACAAGGGUCCAGACCAAGCAUGGGGACUAUGACUGUUUCCCAACCAGGCCCUUGGGCCUCCCUGCCAUAGACUGAGCCUAGAGCCCAGUAAAACUCCCAAGACUCCAUUAUGAUGGAGGGGAGGGUGGGGAGAUGGGGCA